ACACACACACAUACAAGCAUCAUACAACAGCAUCCUCAGCCAUCAUCCAAAGGUAACCCUUCACAGGAAGCAAAAGCAUCUUCUGAUGAGUCUGGGAAAUUACCACUCAUGGCAGUGUGCAAUGCAACAGUCAGUUCUUCUAGGGGUAUGGUAAACUGCCCCUUCUUUUUCUAGUGGAAGAUGCUUUCAUCUCUAGAGGUCUAUUGAAUUAAAGAAACCAUGAUCUUGUUGCUGUAUAUAAUCUCUAAAUGGAGAAGGGGAUAUUGGUUCCUUGGAUCUAGCUGAAGACACCAUAAGGAGAAUUUAUUGGUAUACAUGGUUUUUAUUACAUAUCAAUUCCUUGGCAUUUAACUACCAUGGGGAACUUUGGGCGAAGAUAGACAAAAUAUGGGACUUACUGGACUUACUGGGCUGUUUCUUAGGUUGACGAGAGGAUGUAUAGAAGAAGUGGAUGCGACGCACACAAGCAGACCUUUGAUCAUGUAGACCUUAAGAGUCAGCCUAGGUUUUAAUGUCAUUAUGAACAAUGGCCCAGCUGUACUACAAAAAGGUGAAUUACUCACCCUACAGAGAUCGGAUUCCUCUGCAGAUUGUGCGAGCAGAAGCGGAGUUAUCACUGGAAGAAAAGGCCUACCUCAUUGCCGUGGAGAAGGGAGAUUAUGCCAGCGUCAAGCAUGCUCUGGCGGAAGCCGAAAUCUACUACAAUAUCAACAUCAACUGCAUGGAUCCACUUGGCCGCAGUGCUCUUCUCAUAGCCAUAGAGAACGAGAACUUGGAAAUCAUGGAGCUUUUACUCAGUCACACUGUAUAUGUGGGCGAUGCUCUGUUGUAUGCAAUAAGGAAGGAAGUGGUGGGAGCUGUGGAACUACUUUUAAGUUACAGACGACCAAGUGGAGAAAAACAGGUACCCACCCUAAUGAUGGACACCCAGUUUUCAGAGUUCACACCAGACAUAACACCCAUUAUGUUGGCAGCUCACACUAAUAACUAUGAAAUAAUAAAACUAUUAGUCCAAAGAAGGGUGACUAUACCUCGCCCACACCAGAUUCGUUGCAAUUGUGUGGAAUGUGUCUCCAGCUCGGAAGUUGAUAGCCUCAGACACUCUAGGUCGAGACUCAACAUCUACAAGGCUCUGGCUAGCCCAUCUUUGAUUGCCUUAUCCAGUGAAGACCCCAUUCUGACAGCUUUUCGCCUUGGAUGGGAACUGAAAGAACUUAGCAAAGUGGAGAAUGAGUUCAAGGCAGAGUAUGAGGAACUGUCUCAGCAAUGUAAGAGAUUUGCCAAGGACCUGCUUGACCAAGCACGGAGCUCUCGAGAACUGGAAACUAUACUCAACCACAGGGAUGACCAGAGCGAGGAGCUGGAUCCUCAAAAGUGUCAUGACCUGGCAAAGCUUAAGGUAGCAAUAAAGUAUCAUCAGAAAGAGUUUGUGGCCCAGCCAAACUGUCAGCAGUUGCUGGCUACACUGUGGUACGAUGGAUUCCCAGGUUGGCGCCGGAAGCACUGGGCAGUGAAGCUGUUGACUUGCAUCACAAUUGGACUGCUUUUUCCUGUGCUGUCUUUGGCAUACCUGAUAGCACCCAAGAGCAGGCUGGGACUGUUCAUUAAAAAGCCAUUCAUCAAAUUUAUCUGCCACACAGCCUCAUAUCUCACGUUCCUCUUCUUUUUGCUUUUGGCAUCUCAACACAUAGUACGGACUGACUUACACAUGCAAGGGCCUCCACCCACGGUAGUGGAGUGGAUGAUAUUACCAUGGGUUCUAGGUUUUAUCUGGGGUGAAAUAAAAGAAAUGUGGGAUGGGGGAUUUACUGAAUAUGUACAUGACUGGUGGAACCUAAUGGAUUUUGCAAUGAAUUCCCUCUAUCUUGCAACAAUCUCUCUUAAAAUAGUAGCAUAUGUGAAGUACAACGGCUCACGGCCAAGAGAGGAAUGGGAUAUGUGGCACCCAACACUUAUUGCCGAAGCACUCUUUGCAAUAUCCAAUAUCCUGAGCUCCCUUCGUCUCAUCUCCCUGUUCACUGCAAAUUCUCAUCUUGGUCCCCUGCAAAUAUCACUAGGGCGGAUGCUGCUGGACAUUCUCAAAUUCCUCUUCAUCUACUGCCUGGUGCUUCUGGCCUUUGCCAAUGGACUAAACCAACUGUACUUUUAUUAUGAGACUAGUGCCUCUGAAGAACCUAACAACUGCAAAGGAAUUCGCUGUGAGAAACAGAACAACGCCUUCUCCACCCUUUUUGAGACCCUUCAGUCUCUGUUCUGGUCAGUGUUUGGUCUCUUAAACUUGUAUGUUACCAAUGUGAAAGCACGCCAUGAGUUCACAGAAUUUGUUGGAGCCACCAUGUUUGGAACAUACAAUGUCAUCUCCCUGGUUGUCUUACUCAACAUGUUGAUAGCCAUGAUGAACAACUCAUACCAGUUGAUUGCUGAUCAUGCGGAUAUUGAAUGGAAGUUUGCCAGGACUAAACUGUGGAUGAGUUAUUUUGAUGAAGGCGGCACUCUGCCACCCCCGUUUAACAUUAUCGCAAGCCCAAAGUCUAUCUGGUACCUUUGCAAAUGGAUCCACUAUAAGUUGUGCCCACAUAAAAAACGUGAAGAGGAACUUCAGAAGCAGCAUGAGAACCUAAAAACCUUCACGGAGCGGCACGCUGACAACCUGAUUCAGAAUCAGCACUACCAGGAAGUUAUUAGAAAUUUAGUGAAACGAUAUGUUGCAGCAAUGAUCAGAAAUUCAAAGACCAAUGAAGGACUAACAGAGGAAAAUUUUAAGGAAUUAAAACAGGAUAUCUCCAGCUUCCGUUACGAGGUGCUUGAUCUUUUGGGAAACAGGAAACCUCCAAGGAGAAGCUAUUCCACCAGCAGUACGGAGGUAUCACAGAAGGAAGAAGGAACAGAAGAGAGACCCAAAUCAAAGAGUGUUUCUUUUAAUGUAGCCAACAAGAAAAAGGAUUUCAAUGUCUCAGCCCUUAUUAAAACUGUGUCUGGGGUUGAAAUCAUAGAUAAUACACCCAAAAGCAAUGGCAUUAGUAAGCGUUCCUUCAUCCGUAAUGGAAACAAGCUCCAAAGGCUUUCAAGUUCCAAAAAGGAAUCUUUUAAAAGACUGGGCUUACUUUUCUCUAAAAUGAAUGGACAUAUGCCAACACCGCCAACUGAACCAGUAUAUUCUAUUUCGGAUGGACUUAUUCAACCUCACUGCAUGUGGCAGGACACAAAAUGUAGCGAGCAAGAGCCAGAGUGCUCUAAAAGUGAAAUUAACCUCAAUGAGGUGAGUCAAGAUAGGAGUAUUGGUGGUCAGAGUCCUGAUCAUUCUCCAAUUUGUUCCAACUCCCUACACUGUGCUUCCGACCUCUGCUCUUCUAAUACCAAGCUAAUAGACUCGACGGAGGAUGUGUUUGACUCAUGGGGUGAAGCAUGUGACCUGCUCAUGAACAAGUGGAAAGAGGGGCAGGAGGAGCAACAGGUCACAACAAGACUUUAAAAUAAUUAUUUAGAACUGCUGUAUUUAGCUAAAUAUAGAUUUGUAACAAUUUCCUUUUACAGAGCAUUAAAUAAGGUAGGAAUCCCUUCCCGUUCACAUGGAUGAGUGUGGACGUUCAUUAACAGCGAUCUAUUUUGCAAUAUUUUUUUACCAUGUUUGUUUGCUUUUUAUAUCAAGGCUUACUAAACUGUCUAAGCUUUCAUGCUAAUCUUUUCAGCAUCAGCAAGGCUUUCAGACUAUAGAACAUUAAGGGGAAUGCCAAGCAUGUGCAGGUAACACUUGCUGCACUUUCAUCCUAAAAGUUUGUUCACUGAUACACUCCCCCUGCUGUUUCCCAGGAAAAAAUCUAUUCUAAAAUAUUGUUAUGGAUUUUUGUAUUGCAAUUUCCACCAGCAGCAUGUGGGAUUUUGACAUUUUUGCACAAAAACUGUAUAUUGGGAUAGAUAUAGAUAGUCUGUGCAUAUCUUUUAGCAUUUCAUCCCCUUCCUGCACUUUUUAUUUUAACUGGACAACCACUAUAAAGUAAGCAUUAACUCUACACUACGGCCAUAUGGUAUUUUCAUGCAUUCUGUAAUAGUCUUUAUAAAAAUAAAAUAAAUCCUGCAAUUAUGCACA